CGUUGCUCUGAAAUCACUAGAGUAUGGCACAUAAGAGCCUCAGAUUUUCUCUACUGUUUUGCAGAAAUGGGCACCCAGUGGAGGGAUUUGCUUCACAUUUUGGUAGAAGACUCAUCAGCAGCUCCGAAAUCCCAGCCGGCCAAGAUGAUUCUACAGUCUCCUACCUGGUUAACUCAUGUGGGCUUUCCCCAGAAGCCGCCAUUGUAGCAUCCCACAAGGUAAAGCUUCAAUCUUUAUUGAAAUCAGACUCCGUUUUAGCCCUUUUGAGAGAGUAUGAAUUCUCAGGAACCCAGAUUUCAACUCUUGUGCGGAGACACCCUAGAAUUCUGUUGGCCGAUGCCAAGAAAACUCUUGCGCCGAAGCUUGAGUUCUUCUGCUCCGUAGGAAUGUCAAGGCUCGACCUUGCGAAAACUGUGACCCACAGCCAAUCGAUCUUGGACCGAAGCUUAGAAAACCAUAUUGUACCCUCUUUUAAUUUGCUCAAGGAUGUGGUGCACUCUGAUGUCAAGGUCCUCGGUAUUUUGAAGUGCAGCCCAUGGAUUUUCAGGCAAAAGCUAUCCAAGACUAUGAUGCCCAAUAUUGAGCUUCUGAGAGCAUUAGGCAUGCCCCAGUCGUCUAUCGCUAGGUUGUUAACAUAUUAUGUUCAGAUUGUGAUGAAAGAACCUGAAUCGUUCAGUCAACUUGUGGGUGAAGUCGAACAAUUGGGAUUUGACCUUAGAAAGACGUUCUUUGUGCAAGCCAUGCUCGCAUUAUCUGGGAAGAACAAGACGACAUGGAAGCGAAAUGAAGAGGCUUAUAGGAGGUGGGGUUGGUCGGAUAAUGAUAUUCUUUCUGCCUUCAGGUUGUAUCCACUGUGCAUGACCAAGUCUGAGAAGAAAAUAAUGGGAACAAUGGACUUCUUAGUGAACAAGAUGGGAUGGCAUUCCCAGAAGAUUGCAAAAUGUCCCCAUGUUUUGUGUUUCAGUUUUGAGAAGAGAAUCAUCCCAAGGUUUUCGGUUGUUAAAGUUUUGAUGUUGAAAGGACUGGUAGAAGAGGAAAAGUUGAGUUUGUCUACUAUUGUUGCGAUUCCAGAAAACUACUUCUUGAAUAAGUUUGUGACCACUAAUCUGCGCCUAGUACCUGAAUUGUUAAAUGUGUACCACGGCAAAGUGGAUGUGCAGGAUGUAUGAUCUUGGUGACACUAUAACAUAGCUCUAGGCUUGUAGUGUUGAAUCCGGAGGCAUUGCUAGAAGAAAUGGAAGCAGCCUUCUAUCUAAGUCAGGAUUUUGGAACAGAAUUGGUCAUGCCUGUAUUGUUUCCUUCAUACCAUAUUGUUCUAAUCUUGUGAUGAGUAGGCCUGAAUUGUUCAGUCAACUUGUGGAAGAGGUCAAACAAAUGGGAAUUGACACUCAAAAAUUGAUCUUCGUCAAGGCCAUACAUGCAGUAUCUGGGAAGAAACGUGGAAGCGAAAUCAAGAGGCUUGUAGGUAGUGGGGUUGGUUUGAGAAUGAUAUGCUUUCUGCCUUCCAGAUAUGGCCGCUGUGUACGACUAAGUCAGAGGAGAAAAUAAUGGAAACGAUGGAUUUCUUACUAAACAAGAUAGGGUGGCAGUUGGCGAAAAUUGCAAAGUAUCCCCAGAUUUUUUGUUACAUCUUGGAGAAGAGAAUCAUACCAAGGUGUUCGGUUCUUAAAGCUUUGUUUCUGAAAGAAUUUGUAGAACAGGAGAAGAA